GAGCUGGUGCUUCAUUAACUCAUUUUUACUGUGUGAGUAGGAAGGAGGCUUUUCUGAAGUCAUACCAGUCUUUCCAGUUUCUUAUCUACUAUGAAAGACAGAGAGCAGGUUGUUUCCAGUCCAAUUUUCGAAGCCGUUCACAAAGGGGGACUGCUGUGAGAGCUUUAUUAUCGGACGCAGGUUGUAUUUGGUCACUGCUUUUUUGGCGUUGGGACCUCGCAGACUCAGUCAGGACUCGCGGGACGCAUUUCUCAGGGCAGGAUGAGCAGUUUUCUGUACUUCAUCCUGCCAGCUCUGGGUGGGUACACUCUCACCUCGGUGUACCUGCUGAGGAAUCCACUCAUUCUCCACAGGAAGAAACGCACAGCCUUCCACUGCACACACAUCUCACACAGAGGAGGAAGUGGUGAGAGGAUAGAGAGUACGAUGGAGGCGUUCACACAUGCGGUGGAGCAGGGCACACAGAUGCUGGAGCUGGACUGUCACUUGACACACGACGGACACGUGGUGGUGUCACACGAUGAGAAUCUGCAGAGGCAGACGGGCCACGAUGUCACCAUCUCCUCACUCAACCUACAGGACUUGCCCCUGUAUAAGGAGAAACUGGAGGUGACAUUUUAUGCAGGUCGCUACAGCAGCGGUGCUGACAGGAAGUUCGCUCUGCUGGAGGACGUGUUCAGGAAGUUCCCCGAGAUGCCCGUCAGCAUCGAGAUCAAAGAGAACAACAGCCAGCUGAUAGAAAAGGUGUCAAACUUGGUGAAAACCUACAACAGGGAGGACAUCACGGUCUGGGCCUCUGUGAACUCCAGGAUCAUGAAGAGAUGCCGCACAGUGAACGACUCCAUGCCGUACAGCUUCACUGUGAACCGAGGUGUGCUGCUGCUGCUCCUCUACUACAGCGGCCUGCUGCCCUUUGUACCACUGGGUGAGAGUUUACUGCAGUUCUACCUGCCCAGCAUCAUCAACAGGACGUUCAUCCCUGAGGUGCGCAUCCUGAGGAACAGGCUGGUCAUCUGUUUGCUAGAAAAAGUUACAAUGAGGAAGAGUCUUUUUAACCACCUUGCAGCUCGUGGAAUUCAGGUGCAUUUAUUUGUGUGCAACAAAGAUGAAGACAUUAAGAGUGCAUUUGACGUGGGGGCCACAGGGGUGAUGACCGACUAUCCGACCGUUCUGUCAAGCUACCUACACAGAAACAGACGUCAGGAUUGACCCCCAAACACAUCCGUGCAUGAUAUGACGUGACAGGCUGCGAAAGAGGAGCGAGCACAACAAGUGUCGGACGCAUUUCUUCAACUGUGACAAGAUUAGUUAGAGUUGGUAGUCAGCAUAUUAGACACCAUGCAAGAAAAAAAAAAACCUUAAUCAUUCACCUAUUUAAUCUCAAUCCUUCAUCAGUGUUGAUUGAAUUAUCUGCACUUGGUUUGUUUUAUGGCCUCCAGCUACAGUUUGUAAGACACAGCCCAGGGUUUAAGACAUUUUUCUCAGCAAUAAAUAAAACAGUGCUGGAGGGAUUUUAUUCUGUCUGUAUAAAGGCAAAGUUGAUACAAAAUAUAACAGACAAUAACACGAGUCAUUUUAGCAGAAGCUGUUCUGCCUGUAACCAGUGUGUUUAUUGUUUAUUACAUUUAAGGUGGGAGCUCAAAUGUUAUACAGCCUUCUUCCAAGUUACGAGUUGUAUAAACAUACUGUUGCAAAUUAGGAUUAGUUCACUGCUUCCUAACUGGUCAGCAACAGAAAAGAUGAAGGAUCGUGAAAAUUUGGGCCGCAUUUUAAGGUAAAACAACUUAUUUCAUAACCCAUUAGCUACUGGUAGCAUUCAACUACUUCCUAGCCAACAAUACUAGUGUCACACAAUAUGCCAGGAAUGGCUCAGAUUCAUUCUAUAAUGUCAACACACAUCAUGGGCACAUUUAUUUAAACCUGGAAGUGAAACACAUGGGAUGUAAUGAAAUGGUUUUGUGGUUGAAAGCCACCAUUAGCUAAUGGGUUAUCAAAUAUGUUGUUACACCUUGAAAUAUGCCGCGAUGCCCCUUCAGAUUUUCCAUCAAGUUUUCAGUUGUUAAUCAGUUAACUAUGUUUAUAUACAACAUUUGAGCUUUCCACACUGAAUGUGACAUCAGAUUAAAAUGGCUGCCAUGUCAAUAUGGUCUUUAGGGUGAGGUUUAGAUUGAAUUACUCUGACAAAGUGGGGUAAUUGUGAAUCCCAAGAUAUGUGAUGUGACCCACGCAAAGAGGAAUAGGAGGUGUACGGGUGGAUUUAUAUUGUAACUGAUUUUGAUGAUUUUCCGGAGCCAAACUUCUCUAAUUUCCAUUAUCACACGGGUCCCUGUCACACCGAACAGUUUGAAUGUAUUACUGCAUGAGUGUUUAUAAAACUGACUUGAUCAGGAUGUAUUAUGGAUGGAAUCGCCUUUUGUAAUCUGUGAACUGGAGCCAGACUUGAUUUUUAAGUGUGUGCCGAGUGAAAUGAGAUGGUAGCUGGUAGAGUGAGGUGUUUGUUUGGUUUCAAAAGAAGAGGGAUUGCGCAGGUAUUUAUGUUUGUUGGUAGUUUUGCUUCAUUUCAGAUGUUAAUGUGGGUAAACAUGGCGCUAGGACGGUCUAGUGUUUGUGGCUGGAGUUACUAUUUAACCAGCGGGGCUUCGUCACCUGACAUCACAUUUCUCCCGAUAAGACAGUAAGCGUGACUUUGUUUUGACCGUGUCUGCUGUUAUUUUCUGACACUGCUUGGCUGCUUUGAUUAAGUGCUCGACUUGAGAAAUAAAUGAUCUGUGACAAUUCACAUGGGUUUAUGAUUUUAGAUCCUUUUUUGUGGUGUACACACAGAAAAAUACACCAAAUGACAACUAUAAACAGAUCUACAUCCAUAUAAGUCCCACAUCUAGGUAAGGUUGUGCAUCUGUGUGUAAAUACAGUAACUAAUCUACUACACAUGUAAGUAUUAACAGAGGAUUAACAUGGGCAGUAAGCCUCACCUGUGUCCUCGUUUUCCCAGGCUGUGGUCAAAGUCCGGCCACACUGCAGUGAAAAUAAUCAACCAGUAUGCUGCUGAAACAAAGCCUGUAUUUUUCUGACCUGCUUGGUUGUGCCUCGCCGUGUGACAAAUAAGUUAAUGGACUAUAAGUAGAUCAGUGCAGACUGAGGUCUGUAAUACAGUGGAUGCAAAGGGCAACGGUUUGAAUAAGUGACCCAGCAGAGAUUAAGCUCAUGUGAACUUCAAACCAGGCCUGCAGUGCCCAUCGAAGAAACAAAGGGAAUGUCAUCAGUGAUAUUUUUGGAGCUCCAGAGAGUUUUUUGGCAUUAGGUGGGGAUUAAAUUCACAUUACACAUGUUUGGACCAAAAACCUUAAAGCAUAAGUCCACCCAAAAGUGAAAAGCCAGUUGUUAUCUACUCACCCUCAGGCCAAUCGAAAGUUAAGGGAUGUUUCUAGUCCGCAAAAAACAUUUCUGGAGCUUCACAGCAAGACAGCAUUGCAGCAUUCUGGGAAACAAGUCAGGGAGAUG